UUUCUCCACCUCUAACUGGCUACCACAUACAUAUUUUUCAGCAGCUACUUCGCAAAGAAUUUUUUUCCUAACAGUGGGACGUUUCUGCAAAUUUCUACUUCCGGACACUAUACGCAACACAGGCAUGCCGCGCGACUACGACAGGGACUACAAUGAGGACGCCGCAGACUACAAGCGGAAGCGACGCGACGAGGAGCCAGCGGCGACCGGUGCUCCGGAGACUCCCGAGGCGGAUGGCGGCGGUCACAACACCAGCCAUGCCGCCCUCCGGGACACGCCCCAAUUGAACGAGAAGACGAACGCGUACCUGCAAGAGUGCCUUCUGGAGAAGAAGACGCUCGAGAAGAAACACAUAAUCACCAAGCGCCUGCUCGAUGACGAGGUCGAGAAGAUCUUGGUUAGCGGUCGCAUACCCAAGCCCGAGAUCUAUGCCAACGUGUACAGUGAGAAGCCCAUUCGCGUGGCACAGAAGGUGCUGUUCCCCAUCAAAGAGUACCCCAAGUUCAACUUCGUGGGCAAGAUUCUGGGUCCCAAGGGCAAUACACUGCGCCAGCUGCAGGAGGAAACGAUGUGCAAAAUGGUGGUGAUGGGUCGCAACUCGAUGCGCGACCACGGCAAGGAGGAGGAGCUGCGCAGCUCGGGCAAUCCCAAGUAUGCGCAUCUCAGCCGGGACCUGCAUGUAGAGAUAUCGACGGUAGCUCCCCCGGCGGAGGCCUAUCACAGGAUCAGCUAUGCGCUGGGCGAGAUCCGCAAGUUCAUGAUCCCCGAUGCGAACGACGACAUUCGCCUGGAGCAGCUGCGCGAGAUGGACGGCAAGGAGCGCAUGUACAAGAAGUCUCACCACUAUUCCAAGUCCUACGGCGAACACGGCGCCUACAGUUCUCGCACUCCACCUCCUGCUUCCUCCAAGCCCAAAGUAUAUUCUAUUCUGGAGAAGGCACGAUAUGUGAUGGACGAUCCCAACUAUGGCAUCGUUAAGACGCACAGUAGAUCCCGGGACCACGAGCUGUACGACCAUCAUGGAGAAUACGAUCGCUAUGCCACACCGCCGCCACAGACAUCGAAGCACUCGAGCCACCACGCCCAGUACGACAGCAGCUCCUAUGAGCGCGACUACCGGCGUGAGUACCACCCCCACUCGUCCUCCUCUUCCUAUGCAGCGGCCUAUUCAGCAAAACCAAGCAACGGUCGUUCAUCAUCGUCAUAUCGACCAACCACCUCGGGCUCGGGAUCACAUUCAUCUGCUCACUACGAAACUGGAUCCCGAUCUCGUGAAAGCGUGCGUUAUCGCUCGGCUCCAUAUCCGAAAAUACGUUAACCCAUCGAUUUACCAAUAUCCCAAGAAACCCCCCAACUCUAACCCCAACAACAACUACAACAACAACAACAACAACCAUAACUAAUCAAAGUUAAGCCUAAAGAAUAAAACUAUAUUGAAAACAAAUUAUCGAAAAAUGUUUAAAGUCAACAAAUCCAACCUAUGCACACCUAUUAAAUAUACUAUCUAUAAAAAUAAAACAAAAAAUCAAAUGCAAACCUAAGUUUCUAUUUCAAUUGUUAUCCAAAUAUUCAAAUUGUGUUUAAAUGAAAUAAUCAUCAAUACAACAAACUUUAUCCUCGAAAUCAUUGUAUAAAAAAAAGAGAAAGAAAAACAAACAAAUCCUAAAAACAAAUACGAAAGAGAACAAAAAACACAAACGAAAAUCCCCAAAACAAUUAAUUAAUCAAUGCGUAAUGUUAGUCUAAGCUUUGGAAAUAUUGUUUCAUAUGAUUAUGGAGAUAAAACCAACAAUAAAACAUAAAGAAAUCACA